GAUCAGGAAUCUGCGGUAUUCGGUUUCUUGUGUGAAGCGGUUCGCGAUUUUCGGGCUGGCAAACGGCAUCGUGCGAAAUGCGUCUUUAAAUUUUGUAUCGAAUGUAAACUUAGACAGUGCGUUAACAGUUUAAUUCAAUGUGUGAUCAGUAAACAUCGAAACUAAAGUUGACAAAAGAAAAUUUUCCACCGCGGAGGAAAAAGUGUAGUGAUUCGGAAGUGAGAAAAUCGAUUCGUGAAAAGCCGUUCGAAGAGAAACAAAAAUAUGGAUAAGUGUGAUUCGUCAGCGGAAAGCUGCGAUACUGAACCGCCCGUUAAAAAAAGCAACCAAAGUAUCCUCACCAACGGAAACGUCGAAACCGAGGUUGCCAUCGAUGCCGUUGCGCAGCAGAUAAAACGUGUAUCAUUCUCCAAUGCCAAUCACAUCUACGGUGAGCAGGGAGACUCUUCUGAAAAACUCAACAAUCAUUGCGCAUUGAAUAAUACUACCAGCGAUUCGGGCUUAGAUACUGUGAACGCAAAUAACAACGUCAUCAAGAACGGAAUGGACUCCAAUAGUGGUGAGGGAGGCGGUGGGGAUAGGCCCAACUUCAUAGUCGGUGAAGAUGGCCUGGAGGAAAGCGAGGCAAAGGAUGAGUUCCCCCAGAAUACUCAGAACGGCAUGCAAUCGCACUCCGCGUAUGAAAUUAGUCUCAAUGAGAAGCGGCGCCGAUUAAGACCUAGUAUGUCCCAUGGCACCGGUCUAGGAUUAGAACGAGGCCAUGAACGGGAUUUCGUGCUAUCGACUACGGAAGAAUUCGUCAAAAAAUUCAAUGGAACGCGCGCGAUCAAUAAGGUGCUGAUUGCCAACAAUGGAAUUGCAGCGGUCAAGUGUAUGCGGUCGAUCCGACGGUGGGCAUACGAGAUGUUCAAGAAUGAAAGGGCGGUGCGUUUCGUCGUUAUGGUCACCCCGGAGGAUCUUAAGGCUAACGCCGAGUACAUCAAGAUGGCCGAUCACUACGUCCCGGUACCAGGCGGAUCGAAUAACAAUAAUUACGCGAACGUCGAACUGAUUGUGGACAUCGCCCUCCGGACGCAGGUUCAAGCGGUUUGGGCAGGUUGGGGACAUGCUUCCGAAAACCCAAAGCUGCCCGAACUGCUGCACAAAAAGGGUUUGGUAUUUUUGGGCCCACCGGAGCGUGCCAUGUGGGCUUUAGGAGACAAGGUUGCCUCCUCGAUAGUUGCACAAACGGCCGAAAUUCCAACGCUGCCCUGGUCCGGUUCAGAACUGAAGGCCCAAUAUAGCGGGAAGAAAAUCAAAAUUUCCAGUGAUUUGUUCGCCCGUGGGUGUGUAACAACUUCGGAACAGGGAUUAAUAGCCGCCGGAAAGAUCGGAUUCCCAGUGAUGAUCAAAGCGUCUGAAGGUGGCGGCGGGAAAGGUAUUCGCCGAGUUGAUCAAGCAGAUGAAUUUCCGGCUUUGUUCCGUCAGGUGCAAGCCGAAGUACCUGGAUCACCAAUUUUUGUGAUGAAACUUGCUCGUGGAGCGCGACAUUUAGAGGUGCAGCUUCUAGCCGAUCAGUACGGCAAUGCUAUCAGUUUGUUCGGACGUGAUUGUUCUAUUCAGAGAAGACAUCAAAAAAUCAUUGAAGAAGCUCCUGCAAUUAUUGCUGAACCAGAGGUUUUCGAAGAUAUGGAAAAGGCAGCUGUUCGGUUGGCAAAAAUGGUUGGCUAUGUGAGUGCUGGUACGGUGGAAUAUUUGUACGAUGCAGAAGGAAGAUAUUUUUUCCUGGAGUUGAAUCCUCGUUUGCAAGUAGAGCACCCGUGUACAGAAAUGGUAGCUGAAGUGAAUCUACCCGCUUGUCAACUGCAAAUUGGAAUGGGUAUCCCAUUGUAUAGAAUCAAAGAUAUUCGAUUGUUGUACGGCGAAAACCCAUGGGGAUCGUCGGUGAUUGAUUUCGAUGAUCCAGCAACGAAGCCACGUCCUCGCGGUCAUGUGAUUGCCGCUCGUAUCACAUCUGAGAAUCCGGAUGAAGGCUUCAAGCCAAGCUCAGGAACGGUGCAGGAAUUGAACUUCCGAUCGAGUCAAAACGUUUGGGGUUACUUCAGUGUGGCUGCGUCAGGCGGGCUUCACGAGUUUGCUGAUUCCCAAUUUGGUCAUUGCUUUUCAUGGGGAGAGAACCGACAGCAAGCUAGGGAAAAUUUGGUUAUCGCAUUGAAGGAACUUUCAAUCCGCGGUGAUUUCCGUACGACUGUUGAAUAUUUAAUUACGCUUCUGGAAACGAAUAGCUUUUUGGAUAAUACAAUCGAUACAGCAUGGCUGGAUGCACUGAUUGCCGAACGAGUGAAGGCGGAUAAACCGGAUAUAAUACUUGGAGUAAUCUGUGGUGCCCUGCAUAUUGCAGAUCGGAAAAUAACGGAGGCAUUCACAAGCUUCCAAACAUCGAUGGAAAAAGGACAAAUUCAGGCAGCUAAUACGUUGACAAAUGUGAUAGAUGUGGAGUUGAUAUCCGAAGCUAUUCGAUAUAAAGUUCAACCAGCUAAAACCGGUCCAAACACAUAUUUCCUUGUGAUGAAUGGAUCGUUCAAGGAAGUUGAAGUUCAUAGGUUGUCCGAUGGAGGCAUGUUGAUUUCGUUGGAUGGAUCGAGUUAUACAACCUACAUGAAAGAAGAAGUUGAUCGGUAUCGUAUCGUGAUUGGCAAUCAGACGUGUGUUUUUGAUAAAGAAAAUGAUCCUUCCUUAUUGCGAUCCCCAUCCGCAGGUAAAUUGAUCAAUUUGUUGAUCGAAGAUGGAGCUCAUGUAAACAAAGGACAGCCUUAUGCAGAAAUCGAAGUCAUGAAGAUGGUUAUGACCCUCACCGCUAGUGAAACAGGUACCGUGUCAUUUGUGCGUCGUCCAGGAGCAGUUCUUGAUGCUGGUUCAUUGCUGGGACACCUAGAACUGGAUGAUCCCUCAUUAGUCACAAAAGCUCAACCCUACAAGAAUCCAUGGCCGCUAACCGCUGAUAGCGUACAGGUUCCUGAAAAAUUGAACCGGGUGCAUUCCACAUACAAAACUAUCCUGGAAAACACAUUAGGUGGAUAUUGUCUGCCUGACCCUUAUAACGCCCCUAGACUAAGGGAAAUUAUCGAAAAGUUCAUGCAAAGCUUGCGUGACCCAUCGCUGCCGCUGCUAGAACUGCAGGAAGUUAUUGCCUCAAUUUCCGGCCGUAUUCCUCUGUCAGUGGAAAAGAAAAUCCGCAAAUUGAUGCAACUCUAUGAACGGAAUAUCACGAGCGUGCUAGCCCAGUUCCCAUCGCAGCAAAUUGCUUCCGUGAUCGACAUGCACGCUGCCACAUUACAAAAGCGCACCGACCGCGACGUUUUCUUCCUCACCACUCAAGGAAUAGUGCAAUUGGUGCAACGUUAUCGCAACGGCAUCCGUGGUCGUAUGAAGGCUGCUGUUCACGAGUUACUGCGCCAGUACUACGCAGUCGAGUCUCAGUUCCAGCACGGACAUUACGACAAAUGUGUGGGCGCUAUCCGUGACAAGCAUAAAGAUAAUAUGGAUGUUGUUGUCGGAACAAUCUUCUCACAUAGUCAAGUGGCGAAGAAAAAUCUUUUGGUAACUCUGCUGGUAGACCAUUUGUGGGCAAAUGAGCCAGGAUUGACCGACGAGUUAGCUGCCACGUUGAGCGAACUAACUUCGCUUAAUCGAGCGGAACACUCGCGUGUUGCUCUACGCGCUCGUCAGGUGCUAAUUGCAGCACAUCAGCCGGCGUAUGAAUUGCGUCACAAUCAGAUGGAAUCGAUUUUCUUAUCUGCUGUCGACAUGUACGGUCACGACUUUCAUCCGGAAAAUCUGCAGCGUCUGAUUCAGUCGGAAACAUCAAUUUUCGAUAUCUUGCAUGAUUUCUUCUACCACUCGAAUCGGGCCGUUUGUAACGCUGCAUUGGAGGUCUACGUGCGUCGUGCAUACACUUCUUACGACCUGACGUGUUUGCAGCAUCUGGAACUGUCCGGAGAAGUUCCAUUGGUACAUUUCCAAUUCCUUCUGCCAACAGCGCAUCCAAACCGUUACAAGAUACUUCCGGAUGGAACCGAGACGGACAACAUUUACGAUUCUUUCAUGCGUACCGGUUGCAUGGCUGCGUUUGAUUCGUUUGAACAUUUCACUGAAUAUUCGGAUGAAAUUUUGGAUCUGCUGGAAGAUUUUGCCUCACCUGCCUUCGUCAAUCCCAAAGUGCUGGAAGCCGUGGACACCGGAGAUUCUGAACGCCGUAUGAGUACGUCAAUUAAUGUCUCUAUUUCGGACCCGAUCACUCGGCCUGCCGAAACUGAUGGAAUUGCAGCUCUUCCUGCUGAAGCAAUGCAUAUUCUGAGUAUCGCUGUCCGAGACAUGGGCGAUAUGGACGAUUUACAGAUGGAGCAAGUUUUCGGAUCAUUUUGCGCACAGCAUCGGGAGGAACUUUUGAACCGUCGUGUGAGAAGAAUCACUUUUGCAGCACUUAAGAAACGUCAAUUCCCCAAAUUCUUCACGUACCGUGCCCGGGACAAUUUCGAGGAGGAUCGUAUCUAUCGUCAUCUCGAGCCAGCUUGUGCUUUCCAGCUGGAACUGAAUCGUAUGCGUACGUAUGAUUUGGAAGCCCUGCCAACCGCGAAUCAGAAGAUGCAUCUUUAUUUGGGUCGCGCCAAGGUGCCAAAGGGACAGGAAGUUACUGAUUUCCGUUUCUUCAUUCGCUCGAUCAUUCGACACUCGGAUCUAAUUACCAAAGAAGCUUCGUUCGAGUAUCUUCAGAAUGAAGGUGAACGUGUUUUGUUGGAGGCGAUGGAUGAGCUGGAAGUCGCAUUUUCUCACCCUCAUGCUAAACGGACGGAUUGUAACCACAUUUUCCUGAACUUUGUUCCAACGGUUAUAAUGGAUCCGGGAAAAAUAGAAGAAUCGGUUACCAAAAUGGUGAUGCGUUAUGGUCCUCGUUUGUGGAAGCUCCGAGUACUACAAGCCGAACUUAAAAUGGUAAUUCGACCGACAACUCAAUCCCCAACUACCUCCGUUCGUUUAUGCAUAGCAAACGAUUCAGGUUACUUCCUAGACAUAGCGAUGUACACCGAAGUGACCGAUCCAGAAUCUCAUGUGAUCAAAUUCCAAGCGUAUGGAAAUAGACAAGGUCCACUAAAUGGAUUGCCAAUUUCGUCGCCCUACAUGACCAAAGAUUAUUUACAGCAAAAACGAUUCCAAGCACAAUCGAAUGGUACAACUUAUGUGUAUGAUAUUCCGGACAUGUUCCGUCAGAUGACUGAACGCUUGUGGAAGGAGUUUUCCAAAGCAAGACCGACGGAAGAUAUUCGAAUUCCCGAGAAGAUAUUGCUCGUUUGUAACGAACUGGUUCUAAAAGGAGAUACUCUAGAGGAAAUUCAACGACUACCUGGAGAAAAUAAUGUUGGCAUGGUGGCAUGGAGAAUUGUUCUUGCCACACCUGAAUUCCCGGAUGGUCGUGAAAUCGUUGUGAUUGCUAAUGAUCUGACAUAUUUUAUUGGCUCGUUUGGACCACAAGAAGAUUUUCUAUUCUGUAAAGCAUCGGAACUAUCUCGACAACGUAAAUGCCCUAGAAUCUACAUUUCAGUCAACAGUGGAGCUCGCAUCGGAUUGGCCGAGGAAGUCAAAUCUCUGUUCAAAAUUGCAUGGGAGGAUCCAGAUGAACCAGAAAAAGGAUUUAAGUACCUAUAUUUGACUACAGAAGACUAUAGCAAGAUAGCCAAUACAAAUUCUGUCCGUGCCAUUUUGAUUGAGGACGAAGGUGAGCCGCGCUAUAAAAUCACCGACAUUAUUGGCAAAACUGAUGGUCUUGGUGUGGAGAACCUGCGAUAUGCUGGUAUGAUUGCCGGUGAAACUUCUAGAGCAUACGAAGAUGUGGUGACGAUUUCGAUGGUAACCUGCAGAACUAUCGGUAUUGGAUCCUACUUGGUGCGACUUGGGCAGCGUGUGAUACAGAUAGACAAUUCUCAUAUUAUUUUAACCGGCUUUGCCGCUUUGAAUAAGCUGUUAGGUAGGAAAGUGUAUGCCUCAAACAAUCAGCUGGGUGGAAUUCAGAUUAUGUACAAUAACGGCGUAACUCACAAAACGGAAGCCCUUGAUUUAGAUGGUGUGUACACAAUACUAUAUUGGCUCUCUUACAUUCCGGAUAUCCGUGGAGGAACGCUCCCCAUUGUAUCGGCAAGCGAUUCCAUUAAUCGGCCAAUUGACUUCAUGCCAACCAAAGCACCGUAUGAUCCGCGGUGGAUGCUGGCAGGUCGUGUCAACCCCUCUAACCCCUCUGAGUGGGAAACCGGUUUCUUUGAUCGUGGCACAUGGUCAGAGGUGAUGGAGCCCUGGGCAAAAACGGUGGUCGUUGGACGUGCUAAGCUUGGUGGCAUCCCAGUUGGAGUAAUAGCCGUGGAAACCAGAACCGUCGAACUGACGAUACCCGCCGAUCCGGCCAAUCUCGAUUCCGAAGCGAAAACAUUCCAACAAGCCGGUCAGGUGUGGUUCCCGGAUUCGUCCUACAAAACGGCACAAGCAAUUAAGGACUUUGGUCGGGAGGAGCUGCCGCUGAUAAUCUUGGCCAAUUGGCGAGGAUUCUCCGGCGGACAGAAAGAUAUGUAUGAGCAAAUCGUCAAGUUCGGAGCGUACAUUGUGGAUGGGCUGAGAGAGUACAAACAACCGGUUAUCAUUUACCUGCCUCCAAAUGCAGAACUUCGGGGUGGAGCAUGGGCAGUGCUGGACCCGACGAUCAAUCCGCGCUACAUGGAAACCUACGCCGAUCCUGAAUCUCGUGCCGGAGUGUUGGAACCUGAAGGUAUCGUAGAAGUCAAGUUCAAGGAUAAGGAUCUCAUCAAAGCCAUUCAGCGGCUUGACCCCGUAACACUGGAUGUAAGUAACUUUUUAAUGAACCUCAUCCAUAAUAUAUUCUUACUUAUUCAAUUUAAUUUUCUUUACAUAAUGUUUCCACAGCUGAAGAAGAAGCAAGCCGAGGCUGGUGGCAAUAAGGACGCGGUGGCGGAUUUUGAGAACCAAAUCAAGCUACGAAUCAAUUCGUUGUUGCACGUGUACCACACGGUAGCCGUGCAUUUCGCAGAUCUUCACGACACACCGGAACGAAUGCUGGAGAAGGGAUGCAUUAGCGAAAUCGUACCAUGGCGAAGCUCACGUAGCUUUUUAUAUUGGCGCAUGCGCCGGUUACUGCUCGAAGAGUAUUUCAUUAAACAAAUCUUGGAUGCUCAAGAUAGCCUUUCGGUGGGACAGGCAAAAUCUAUGCUUCGACGGUGGUUUGUCGAAGACAAAGGUGCUACGGAGGCUUACUUAUGGGAAAACAACGAACCCGUUGUGGAGUGGUUAGAGAACCAAAAGAAGAACGAUUCAACUGUCAGUCGCAACAUUUACGCAGUCAAGAAGGAUGCAAUAAUCUCCCAAAUUCAAAAAGCUUUAGAGGAAUGUCCCGAAGUGGCUUUGGAUGCGGUGGUUGGUCUGUGCCAAGCACUGUCCCCCGCUCAUCGUGGAGAGGUUGUAAAAACGCUUACUCAGCUAGAAUUUACCGAGAAGGAGCACGCCAGUAUGGGAUGACCGCGUACCGGUUACUACAAGUAACGCACCAAUAAUGGCAGGAAAUCGAGACGGAAAAAGCAGUAACGGGUUUCGUCGUGGUAUUCCUGCGCAAUAAUAAUCAUUUCCCGUUUUACCUGGAAGGCCCAUUAUAAUCAUAUCUUUAUCUUUUGCUGCUUUAUCUAGAAGAAAUUUGAUGCGCGUUUUCACAGAUAAAGACAAGAUGUUCCGUUCCAAUCAACGUCUUAUUAUUGUUACGUGUUGAAGGGAUCGAUGAGUCAUAGAUAUAACAACACCUCGUUCAUAUAGCACAUACCAAAAGACGGUAAAAAUAUGAAUUAAAACAAAUUGUUUCUGAGUAGAUUACACUAAACAGUGUGAUACAGCAUCUAAAUUAUCCGACAUUAAUGACAAAAUAUUUAGAAGUACCGGAACCAACCAGAUUUAUAAAGUUAACGUAAUUUAUUGUUGCUAAUCCAAAAACACGUAUCUAUGAGACACACCGAUAAGUUAGUAAAAAAGUUCAUCCUUUUCGAUGAUUACUUUCGUAAUCAGUUAGGUUUUCUAUGGUUGGUUGUAACGAGGGAUUUCAUACUAUCGGAUAAGCUAUAAAAAAUAGUUAUUGAGAAUAAACCAAGGAUACCGGGUACUAUUUGAUACAUUUAUGUUAACUCUUCAAAAGGGAUUAACUGUAAAGAUUAGAUUAAACUAAUAAACCAGAUCAGUUGUUCUAAAUAUCCCAUCUAGCUUAGGUGCAUUCAGUGGAGAUUGUUCAACGAAAAUUGCCAAUCCCAACCAGAUUUAGACAAAACCAAUAGCGGUUAGGAAAGAUCUAAAGCAUCACUGAAUCCUCAAAUAUUGUACAAACCAGUAGAGGUAUGGAAAAUAUAAUAAAAUAAUUGAAACUC